AGACCUCGCAACGGAGACUACGGCCUUACUGAACUACUGACCCAAUUUGAAGGGCAUCGGGCAAUGGUGUUGACGAAUACCCUCCAAAACAGCGAUACAAUCAGUACCUUAGAAUAGGAAUGCUUCACCACAUGAACAAAAUCGUAUCGAACGACAAACAAGCCAGGCUAAGAAAUAUAGCCACCUCCGAAUGGUAUAACUUCAUGCUUGACAAAACGGGUCAAUUCUUCACACACUUGGAGUGGACCUUCACGAAAAACGAAAUCGCCUCUAUCGAAGCAUGGAAAGAACGAUACGAUCUUUCGUCCAAUCACUAGACAUCAGAUUUUCAAUGCUCUAUUUGCACAGAACAAUUUCACAACAACAGAGACGUCACCGACGCUUUCCUAAGCCAUAUCUACAAAAACUGCGAAACAUCCAAAUACUGGUGGCAUGAGUUAAAAUUUACCUAGCCCAUGAGCUUAAUCUCAAUGUUGGCCCCAGCCGACAACUCUUUGGAGAACUUAACAAAAUUAAAUUGGUUCGUCACCACGAUCUUCAAGGUUUACACCAGAGGGCGUGGCGAGUCGCAGAAAGUGGACUCCUUAAGUCCGCUACAACCAUCUGAGUUGAAGUGACUACUCGAUGACGUAAUAUCCAAUACGUAAACAGAUACGUGCCUUGAGGACCCUCCAGGCCGUGACUAACGGAAGGGGACGUGCCGAGCUAAGACACUUGGUACGUAACUGAGAGCUGUUUAAAGG